UUAUCAUGAUAACAACUGACUUACAGAUUUACAAUGCAUUCAGAUUAUUUACGAUGCUAUGUUUAUGUACAGGUAUAAACUCAGUCUCGCUGGGUAUUUGAUCUUAACCUUACUAAAUUAAACAUUACACGAGACAUCGUAGCAUACAGGCCUAAUAGAAAGAGUUGCUUCAUUACUCGCAUUAAGAAAAUGGCAGCGCGACAUCAAUCCAACGCAAUCGAUCAAAUACACGAGCGACACGACGCGCGCAUAGUUGUCAUUUUUUUAGCGCGAUUCGUCUGACUUACACCUUCAUUAGUCUGGAUGAGUCUGGUGUCACGAGCAGUCACUGAUGUCUAUUGGAGAGCCGUAAUCGUUUACUCCUCCUCCUCCUCCUCGCGCUGUCGGCUGUGUGGGUGUCUGACAGCUCCGCGAGUCUCAAACCGGAGCGCUUCAACACUCGCCGCUCUCCGCUCAAAUGUGCUUUCAUUCCCGCGUGACUACGCUCCGCGCUCCCCAUGUCCCCCGCAACUCUCUCCGGAUCGUUCCGGUGCUGAUGUGAGUCCGGUGCUUCCGUUCGUUUGGCACGUUUCUUCAGUCGAUGAGCAUGCGUUCACGGUGGAGUUACAUCGCUUGGAUUUGCGUCUUCGGUCUCGGCGCGUUCAGGACUUUCUGCAUUCCCGGUAAUGAAGUGAACUUGCUGGACUCUCGCUCUGUAAUUGGUGACCUGGGGUGGGUCGCCUACCCGAAGAAUGGGUGGGAAGAAAUCGGAGAGGUGGACGAGAACUACGCCCCCAUCCACACGUACCAGGUGUGUAAGGUGAUGGAGCACAACCAGAACAACUGGUUGCAGACAAACCUCAUACUAAACCAAGGUGCCCAGCGAGUGUUCGUGGAGCUAAAGUUCACACUACGGGACUGCAACAGUCUCCCCGGAGGUCUGGGCACGUGCAAGGAGACUUUCAACGUCUACUAUUACGAAACCAAUGACGAUGAGAGGAGGAAUAUUCGGGAAAGCCAGUACACGAAGAUCGACACCAUCGCGGCUGACGAGAGCUUCACAGAGCUUGAUCUGGGAGACAGAGUUUUGAAGCUGAACACGGAAGUUCGGGAUCUGGGUCCGUUGACCAAGAAAGGCUUCUACCUGGCUUUCCAAGACCUGGGCGCGUGUAUCGCGCUCGUGUCCGUCCGUGUCUUCUACAAAAAGUGUCCUUUUGUUGUCAGGAAUUUGGCCCUCUUCCCGGAUACUAUAACUGGGGCAGAUUCCUCCCAGCUUCUGGAGGUGUCAGGGACCUGCGUCAACAACUCGGUGGCUGAUGAACUUCCCAGAAUGCAUUGCAGCGCGGAGGGGGAGUGGCUGGUGCCCAUUGGGAGGUGCAUGUGCCAGGCGGGCCAUGAGGAAGUUAAUGGCUCCUGUCAAGUGUGCAAGCCGGGCUUUUACCGAUCGGCUCUUCAGACCAAAAGCUGCAGUAAAUGCCCUCCCAGAAGUUUCACCAAAGUGGAAGCGUCCACCUCCUGUCAGUGUGAGCAGGGAUACUACCGGACGGAAACGGACCCGGCCAACAUGGCCUGCACAAAGCCACCUUCGGCCCCACGUAAUGCUAUUUCCAACGUGAACGAGACCAGUGUCUUCUUGGAGUGGAGCGCUCCGGAGGAGACAGGCGGUCGGAAGGAUGUUCGAUACAACAUCGUGUGCAGCAAGAUCAGCACAGAGUCUGGCCAGUACGAGCCGUGCGGAAGUCACGUGCGAUAUCUGCCUCAGCGGACGGGUCUGAAGAACACCUCCAUCAUGGUCAUGGAUCUCCUGGCUCACACCAACUACACCUUUGAAGUGGAGGCCGUGAACGGGGUGUCGGAGCUAACCGCCCCUUUGAGGCAGUACGUCUCGCUCAAUGUCACCACCAACCAGGCCGCUCCGUCUCCUAUAACCGUGGUGAAGAAAGGCAAGACGGCGAAGAAUAGCAUCGCUGUGUCCUGGCAAGAACCCGACCGACCCAACGGCAUCAUCCUGGAGUAUGAGAUCAAGUAUUUCGAGAAGGAUCAAGAAACAAGCUACACCAUCAUCAAGUCAAAGGAGACGGAUGUUUUGGUGGACGGCCUUAAACCUUCCUCGGCGUACAUCUUUCAAAUCAGAGCACGCACCUCCGCGGGCUACGGAGGCUUCAGCCGCCGCUUUGAGUUUGAAACAAGUCCUUACUCAGUAGCGGCCUCCAGUGAUCAGGGUCAGGUGCCUAUCAUCGCUGUCGCUGUUACCGUGGCCAUCAUCCUCAUCGCGUUGGUCACAGGCUUCCUGAUGAGUGGCAGGCGUUGUGGCUACAGUAAAGCCAAGCAAGAUCCGGACGAGGAGAAGAUGCACUUCCACAAUGGACACAUCAAAUUCCCAGCGGUCCGCACGUAUAUCGAUCCUCACACCUACGAAGAUCCGAACCAGGCCGUCCACGAGUUUGCCAAGGAGAUUGAUGUGUCCUGUAUCACCAUCGAGCGGGUUAUCGGAGCCGGUGAGUUCGGCGAGGUGUGCAGCGGUCUGCUGCGGCUGCCAGGGAAGAGGGAGAUCCCAGUGGCCAUUAAAACUCUGAAAGCCGGUUACACCGAGAAGCAGAGGAGGGACUUCCUGGGCGAGGCCAGCAUCAUGGGCCAGUUCGAGCAUCCCAACAUCAUCCACCUCAAGGGGGUCGUCACCAAGAGUAAACCAGUGAUGAUAAUAACAGAAUAUAUGGAGAAUGGAUCCCUGGACACCUUUUUGAAGAAGAACGACGGUCAGUUCACUGUCAUCCAGUUGGUCGGUAUGCUGCGUGGCAUUGCUUCUGGCAUGCGCUACCUCUCUGAGAUGGGCUAUGUGCACCGUGACCUGGCUGCCCGUAACAUCCUGGUUAACAGCAACCUGGUGUGUAAGGUGUCCGACUUCGGCUUGUCGAGAGUGCUGGAGGACGACCCAGAGGCGGCCUACACAACCCGCGGAGGAAAGAUUCCCAUCAGGUGGACGGCUCCGGAGGCCAUCGCCUACAGGAAGUUCACCUCAGCCAGUGACGUGUGGAGCUACGGCAUCGUGAUGUGGGAAGUGAUGUCGUACGGCGAGAGACCAUACUGGGAGAUGAGCAAUCAAGAUGUUAUAAAGGCAGUGGAGGAGAACUACAGGCUGCCGGGGCCCAUGGACUGUCCGACCGCCCUCUAUCAUCUCAUGAUGGACUGCUGGCAGAAAGAGAGGAACAGCCGGCCCAAAUUCGAGGAGAUUGUCAGCUUACUGGACAAACUCAUCCGCAAUCCCAGCAGCCUGAAGGGUCUAGUUAACCCAUCCAACAGAGUGUCCAAUUUAUUAGUGGAGCAUGGGAGCCCUGAGGGCUGUGUAUUCAGAUCGGUGGAGGAAUGGUUAGAGGCCAUAAAAAUGGGUCGAUACACUGAGCUUUUCAUGGAAAGUGGAUACACUUCUCUGGAAGUCGUCACUCAAAUGACCUUGGAAGAUCUUAGGAGGGUUGGAGUCACUUUGGCCGGCCAUCAGAAAAAGAUCCUCAACAGCAUUCAGGAGAUGCGAGUCCAAAUGAUGAACGCCACCAUGCCCAUCUGAGAGCGGCCUCAGAGGGACCUCCAGCAGUAGCCUAGCACUUUCUACAGACACUUAUUUAUUGAACGGAACUAUUUAAUGAAAAUUUGAGGAAAAAAAAAAAACAUGGCUGGAUAGACGGACAAACGGUUACUGCCUCCGAACGAAAGCGACAGGAGGAACCUGACUGAAAUGUUGAGCGGUUGUUUGGAAAAGUGUGGCACAUCUCCGGGCAGGACUGCUGACUUGGGAUCAGGUGUCUCUGGGCUGAAUGUAUAGCAUUUUUCCAUGACCUCAUUCAACAAUAUUAUUACCUCCGGAAGAGACUGCAGUCGGUUUCAGCUCGGAUGUUUUUUCUUUUUCUUUUCCCCAAGUUCACCCGAGGCGAAUUCAGACAGCAAGUCAUAUCGUGGGCCGAGGAAACGUAUGGCAGUGUUAAACAAAGCAAUAGUAGAUUUCGAGCUUGGAUGUCGAUUUUGCUUCCUUCUAAAUUGUUGCUUCCUUGUUUCGGUGAGAGGACAGAGCAGUGGACGGGAUCGUUUUCCUUUUGCACAAUAUCUGUGUCGUGACGGGCGGAGGAAAUGCAGUUGUUUUUCGAAAAUGUGACACGUUUCAAAACCACCGAUUUAUUUUAGUUCCACUGAUGUUUUGGUGUUUUAUGUGUAAAUAGUGUACAGUUGCGUAGUUGAAGUGGAGCUCCAAUGCAUCCAUCCAUGUUCAUGUGAGGUUGAUAUACUUUAGUGCACAGGUGGGCUAACAUACUAUGUAUAUUCAGUCCGGUCAAUAAAUGUUUAUAUUGCCUCUCAGUGCUUCUUUAGAUAGAAAAUGAACAAUUGUUUUACCGUUAACGUGUGAUCUCUACUGUAUUCUGCUACCCAUAUUAUCGCCUUGCUCAGUUUUCACAGCUAGUCAACAUGAAAUCACGAUGGACGCCAUUUUUCUUUCCUAAGUCAGAUUGUGGGUUUUAUUGGGAAAGUCUUUAACAAUCUUUCUCGCCUGAUGUUAGCUAAGCUGCAACAAGAGCCGAUAAAAACACAUCUGCACACAGAGAAACAUGUUGAAUUAUGGAAGUAAAAUGGCUUGUGAAUAUCAUUUCAUGUUGGCUUUAAGUUGGUUCGGUAUGUCUGCGACAAAUGAAAAAAUAAGUUCAGAUUCUACACGCCACAUCUGUCGAUUACCGUAGGCAAUCAUUUUGACUCGUCCCCCAGUGUACAGACAAGCGUCGAAUUUUGUACGUUUACAGUAAAUAGACAAAUGAGUUAAAAAAAGAUAACAGGAGUAUUUCACCCAAACAUGAAAACUUGUAGAACGUGUAUUCGCUUUCAACCUUCAUCAUCGGAUUGGUUGAAAUGUAGUCAAAAACGUCUCUAAACAAAUAUGUGGGUGUAUUUUAACGUGAGAAAAAAGAGAGACUAGAGCAAUUAUGGAAUUACGUUUAUUCUGACGGCACCCAUUCACUGCAGAUGAUCCAUUGCCGUGGUGAAUUAUUCUUACUAUUGUAAAGAACAUCUCUGGUUGGACAACUUUUCAACAUAAUGACAUAAUGACGUGAGCAUUGCACAUAGAUGAAGAUUACAGUAAUGUAGUUAGCCUAGCAUGCUAAUGUUUUCAGUUGUCUGCGUCCUCUUCUGAUUUCUCAAAUACCAGAGGUAGUAGCGUUUUAUCGUCUCCCAACCCCAUCGUCUUCCAUUUUUAGUUGCACUGAGGUACGAGUACAAAAUAAUCGCCUGCGGUAAACAACAACGUGCCACACAUGCAUUAUAGAUACUACUUCAUAGGUUAUUUAUUAGCUUUAUUAUUAUUAUUAUUAUUAUUAUUAUUUAAUAAAACAACAUGUUGAAUGUUAAGACUCAAAGUCAGAAACAAAUCAUUCAAAACCGAACGCCAGGCAUUAGGUCAUUUCUACCCAUAUUUUAUGUCCAUAAAUAUUACAGCACAUUAUGCUAUUAAAACUAUUGAAAUGCCACAAGAUUGUAUUAAUAAGUGCUCAAGCAUGUCACGUAUUUUCUCAAAAUCUCAUAUGACUACGGUCAGCGUUUUAAAUAAGUCCACUCUGCUAGAUUUUCUUUUAAUUACUUGAAAUUAGUCUUAGCGACAUAAUGCUCCUUAAUUAGUCGACUGGAAAGUACUCAAGUGCCUGUGAUUGUGUGAGUACAUUAUAAAAAUCCAUAAAUACCAUUGAGGAGCUAAUCAGAUGUUCACUGGUCAGAAUUAAUAAUAAUCCAAAAUCCUAACGAUACUGAUUACUAAUGCUCAAUUAAACUGAAUCACCACAGUUUUUUUGGUUUUUAUGAGCAAUGAGCAUUUGAUAUUUAUUACGAUGAAUGUUACUAUAACAUGCUUUUACACAAUGCAUACCCUUCAUUUGGUAUUUUGCACCGAAAUCCACUUUCUAAAAAAUGUUUUUAAGUUCGAAUUUAUACAUGUGUUUUAACCCCUUGUUCUCAAAAUGGUAACGUAGACUGACUAAACAUUAAAUGCGACCACCCCACACGCCAUGCUUUAAUAUUUGUGACUUUAAUUCAGAUUUGUGGCUAUUGUUUAUUGCAUUUAUUCGGUUAUUGUAGUUAUUCAGAUAUUUGUCCAUAACCAUUGAUCAUAUCUUCCAGAAAGAAAGCCAGAUUGAUUAUGUUUUGCUCUAUUCUCUAUUAUCGGAUUACUCCGAAUAUGUAAAUCUGGAAGAAUUUAAGUUGUAGUCACAAACAUAGCAGAGAUACGCCUUUCGUUUGACGUUUAUGAUUGCGAUUGCACAAAAUACAUCUAUUCUGCGUAUAGAAAUGUCGAAUUUAAUUAAGAACCUUGCAGUGAUUCUUCAGGACAAUAAGGUAUAUCGUAUUUGAUCUUUGUUAAACUGGCUGACCGUCCUCAAAAAAAAACACAUCUAAAACAUGCUGAUUACACAGAUUUUUUAUUUUUUUUGCAUAAAACACUGAUUUUGAGUGCAUCAAAUUAUUUAUAGUAGUGAAAAAUGGUAUGCAUGGUGUUGGUAGGAUGCCUAUUACAAAUGCAUUUUAUCAACACAAUGACUCAAAUGUUCAAAUGUUGUUUGAAUCUUUUAUCAUAUUUGGUCCAAUAAAGAGCGAUGAAAGAAAGAAAAGCACAGAAAAAAAAAGAAAAAAUAGUUUCUAUGUGAUAAUUGUUCGUCUAUUACCUUCUGCUGUGUGUUUUGUUGUGCAAAUGUCUUUUUGUAGUGUAAUAUAUAAAAUUUUAUAUUUUUUUGGAAUAAACUGGAGAGAAACCCGA